GCCUCCCUCAUGGAGGUAUGGGGAACCACAAAUAAGGUAACAUGUCUAGUUACUGAUGGUGCAGCUAACAUGAUUGCCUGUGGCACGGAACUGAGGCUCCGCCACACUAUCUGCAUAGCUCACACACUGAACCUGAUAGUAAAAAAGGCUCUUGAACUGACCCCCGUGUUCUCUGACAUCCGGACCAAGGCGAGGAAGCUGGUUGGAUACUUCAGAAGUAGCACCACUGCUAAGGAGAAGCUUGCACAGGUGCAACACGAUAUGGGGAGGCCAAAACUGAAGCUUCUGCAAGAAGUUGAAACCCGAUGGAACAACACCUUCCACAUGCUGCACCGUCUGGUGGACCUCAGAGAGCCAGUGGGGGCAGCUUUAGCCGGUCUACAAACCGACAUCCCCUCACUGACCUCAGAGGAGUACAACACUGUCAGUGGGUGCCUGUCAUUGCUGUCAUCAUUUAAUGAUGCCACUGUGGAGCUGUCAGCAGAGGAAAAUGUUUCCGGAUCGAAGGUGGUUCCACUGCUGAAAAUGUUGGAGCAGAUGCUGCAGGAAGACAUUACAAACACGGCAGCUGCAGUGGCGAGGGAAAUGGGAGACCACCUCAUAAGGCAGCUGAGGGAGAGGCUACACACAUUUCAAUCUAUGAGCAUCAUGUCACUGGCAACCUUACUUCACCCAAGGUUUAAGGUAAUAGGGUUUUUCAGCUCAACCAAAGCCACAGAGGCUAUAAAAAGGCUAACAUCUGAGUGUGCAGCCGUUAUUAGGUCUGCUCAAACCCCGGAGUCAGAUCAGCCAUCAACAUCACAGGAUGCUCAACCUGCAGCCCGAGGUAGUUUUUAUUUGGUUUUGAGGUCAAUAUUUAUUAUUACUACACUCACUAACAUGGUCUGUGUGUACUUCUCAGGUAACAAACUGUGGCGUCACUUGGAUGAGAGUGUCAUGCAUGCCAGGAGAAUCCAGAGUGUGACGGCAGAUGCCACUGUGGAGGGCCAGCGGUUCCUGUCGGAACCAAACAUCGGACGAAUGGAGGACCCUCUCUUGUACUGGGAAGGACAAAAAUGUAUCUACCCAAAUUUAUAUAAACUUGCUGUUGGAUUUCUGUGCACCCCAGCCUCAUCAGUACCAUGUGAAAGAGUCUUCUCAAAGGAGGGAGAAGUUGUAUCGAAAAAAAGAAAUCGCCUCAGCCCGAACACGGUUGAGAAGCUUCUGUUCCUAAAUAAAAAUGAAUAAAGUCUCCCCUGUACUGUACA